GAUCGUCGCGAGCGUACGCGUAUUUUUGCCCUGGCUCACCUUCACCCGUUGCGCUCCGAGAUUUUUUCUCUCCGUCAGACUCUCUCCGUUCCUCCGACGCGCCGGCAAGCCGCGCGUCCUGCACGCGCGUCGAUUAAAUUCGAGUCGCCCAAAGAGAACCGAAAGGGGACCAAAAGGGAACCGAAAGGGAACCGAAAGGGGAUCGAGCCACCUUCAAAGGAUCUCUUCUUCGAGGACUUAAGGGGAGCGCGCGCGUGCUUCGGGGAGAGAACGAAAAGGAGAAACGUUCCUCGAAAGAAUGAUCGAGAGAGUCAUCCUAGGAGCGGCCGCACAACGAAAUUCAUCGUCCAGUGGGAAUCGCCACACGUGACUGGCCGGAUCGGCGGGAGAGAAUUCAUGGGGACGGGGAAGAAUAGGUGGAAUCCGUAAACAAUGAAAUGGCCGUGUUUUCAGAAAGUGAGCGUCGAGUGAUAUGAAUGAAUACAGGAUCUUCCGUGACGUUAAACGAUCGAGCCGCGACCCCGCGGAAACAAAUACCGUCGAUUAACCGGCACGCGAUACACCGAAAACGCGAUUAAAACCGAGUGCCGCCUCGUGUUUUUUUCUGUGAACGGAAAGAAACCGACGGGUUUCCGUGAGAUCGCGUGAAAAUAACAAGGAACGAAAAGGAGAAAAAACGGGACAGAGGGAAGAGGAUAAAAACGAGUGAAACGAAACUGGAUACGGGAAAAGAGAAGGGAACGGACCGAAACCGGAAACGAGAGGGGAAAAAUGCGGUGUCACGUCCUCGCCGGUAUCGUCGCCUUGUUCACUGUCGUCUACGCUCAAGGAGGCCCGCGAACAUUUUCUGCCAGGCCCUACCGAGGAGGACCAGCUAUAGCAGCUCGAGCGGUUAUUCAAGGUACAGCAGAAUUACCAUGUGAUAUCCGUCCUCCACGAGAAAAUGAUUCUGCAAUUUUGGUUGUAUGGUACAAAAGCGAUAUCACGCCCAUUUACAGUUACGACAUGAGGGGCAAACAUUCCGAAAAGGCUUCCCACUGGAACGACAAAGACCACUUGAACGACCGCGCGUUUUUCCGGACGGUCACAGACCCAGCUACGUUAAACAUAAAUCACAUUGAAGAAAGAGAUGAAGGCGAGUACAGGUGCCGAGUGGAUUUUGCCAAGAGCCCCACCAGGAAUGCAAGGAUUCAUCUCACAGUGAUAGUGCCGCCGGAUAAGCCAAACAUUAUCGAUGAACACGGCAAGACAGUGCCAACAGUAGCGGGUCCAUACGAAGAAGGUGGUGACAUGAAAUUGCAGUGCCUUGUCACUGGAGGUCGACCGGAACCAAAAGUAAGAUGGUGGAGAGGAGAACUGCUGCUGGAUUCGAAAGACGAGCAAGGUGAAUUCCCAGCGCUCCGUAGAAACACGUUGAUAGUUAAGCAACUGUCACGGGGUGACCUUCACGCGGUAUUUACGUGUCAAGCUGCCAACAACAAUAUCAGCCAGCCCGUUUCUGCCUCCGUGGCGAUCGAAAUGCACUUGAAACCGUUAAGCGUGACGAUAUUAAGCAGCGAACAUGCGCCGCUCAGCGCGGAUCGAAAGUAUGACAUAAACUGCAUCACUGUUGGAUCGAGGCCACCUGCCAAAUUGUCUUGGUACAUGGACGGAAGGAAGUUAACCAACCACACAGAGAAGGUAUCUGAAGAUGGCAAUAUGACGAGUUCCACGCUAGUCUUGAAGCCUACGUUACAUGAUCACGACAAAGUAAUUACUUGUCGAGCGGAGAACGCCAAAGUUCAACGAGGCGUAAUAGAGGAUACAUGGAAAUUAAAUGUGUUCUUUGUUCCAAUUUUACAUCUGGAACUGGGCUCCAAUAUGAAUCCAGACGAUAUCGAAGAAGGAGACGAUGUGUAUUUUGAAUGCAAAGUAAACGCUAAUCCUGGAGCCUAUAAAGUUGUUUGGAAACAUAAUGGUAAUGUGAUUCAGAAUAACGCGAAGAAUGGUGUGAUAGUUCAACAGUACGGUCUAGCUUUGAGGGAGGUCAAUCGCUCCCAGGCCGGAAAUUAUACUUGUAUUGCCAGCAACGUCGAAGGAGACGGUUACAGCAACAACGUGGAACUUAAAAUUAUGUAUAAACCGAUCUGCGUGCCUGAUCAAAAACGUAUUUACGGUGUAACUCGUCUAGAAGACGCCCGGGUUAUUUGCCGGGUGGAAGCGUAUCCGCCGCCCAGCAGCUUCCGCUGGACUUUCAAUAAUACCGAAGAGAUGGUGGAUGUGCCGCAAGCUCGUUACAAGAAUUCGACACAGCACAUGCAAAGUGUUCUGAUCUACAGACCAGUUACCGAAAUGGAUUAUGGUACAGUUUUCUGUUGGGCCAGUAACACCGCUGGUCAACAGAAAAAUGCCUGCGUAUUUCAUAUCAUUCCAGCUGGGAAACCAGAAUCACCGUACAACUGCACGCUAUCCAAUCAAACAACAAGAUCACUGUCGGUUGAGUGUUUCGCCGGUUUCGACGGUGGUCAACCGCAGCAUUUUCUUCUCGAAGUUUAUGAUCAAAUCACGGGAAAACUUCAAGCUAACAUUACAUCCAGAGAGAGCGCGGCCUUCACCGUUCAAGACUUAGAACCCGGCAAAGUUCUCAAUAUGAUCUUGUACGCUGUAAAUGCGAAAGGCAGAAGCGAUCCCGCGCUUCUGGAAGGGUUCACGUUGAAAGUUGCGGAGAAACAAACUGUGCGUGUUUUGUUUACAGGUACCCCGGUACCAUUCGAGAUCACCCCGUUAUUAGGGGGUUUGAUCGGAGUGGUUACCGCAUUGCUUUUAAUUACCGUCACUAUUCUAGCAGCAAUGAAAAUUAGGAGUGACAGAAGAACACAGAGGCCGAACGAUUUGCCAUUAAAAAAAGGAACUGCGCCCAGUUCCGAGGAUCUUUACGACACUGAUGAUAGAAACCCGGACGUUGUGCCAGUAAAUAAAGGUUCGGACUAUCAACUAACGGGAUCAAUAUCUGGGACCCCAAUGGCCGCACAAAAUACUCCAGAUGGGCUUCCGCCAUCUUCGCUGUCAGUACAGCAAGUAAAUCAUAUCCAAGGACUGCCACCAUAUUCGCAUGAAUAUAACAAUUAUCCGACAUUACCAUUGUCGGGGGAAAUAACGUACGCGGAGCUGUGUCUAACACGACCAACGACGUUGUCGACGUUGGCGACCGACACGAAAUUGACGAGCAUAAGCGGCGUCGGUAGUUUAAGUACCAUCCAGGGCUACGGCAGCGGGUUCGUCGUGGGUGGUAAACCGCACGCGAAAGAAGCGACGAUCUACGCGUGUAUAGACCACAACGCCAGGCCGUCGAAGAUCGACGGGUCGAACGCGUCGUCGUGCGCGCCGACUCCGUUGUCCGCGAAGAGCACGUUUCAGGACUUAAACGUGUCCGCGAUGAGCAACAAGCAUCAUCCCUCGAUAGAGAUCGUAACCGUGCGCACCCCGUUGAUCUCCACCCAGGAGAGCUGUGUAUAGGGCUGCGAGCCCGACGCGCUGAACGUCAACGAGUAUUAUGUUUGAUGUGAUCACACUGUGAUGGUCGCGCGCGCGUCUUUCUAGAACGGGAUCCACAAUAACCGUUUGUCCUACGAUAAGACAUGUACUCUGUCCAGAGUACGAAAAGAAAUUAGCAGGAAGAGAACAAAGUAAAAGGGAUUUUUCAAUGAAUGAGAUGAUCUUAGCGUACGCGACCGUUUUAGCACUAGAUUUACGGAACGAGUUGAUUUUAUUUAUGGAAUUUUAUGAACAUUAUUUGGUAAACAUUUGGGUAAUUUUACAGUUACACAAAUAUAUACUAACCCUCUCGCUCCACCUGAUUUCAUACAGUAAAACUAUAAAAUUUGACAUUUAAUGUUAUAACUUGUAUAGUUUGAGAAAUAUUGAAAUAAAAUAGCUUAGUUCCUCGAUGUACGUAUAAUUUCUUUUCGAGUUAGUUUCACAAAAUGUCGU